AUGAACCGCCUCGCCAUCGCCCUUGUCCUCCCACUCCUUGCCAUGGCUGCCACGCCAAACGAGAAGCUGAAGCAGUGUUGUGCUACUCUUAAGGAAGCCGAUAAGGAGUGUGUCGAGAGAUUCUGCGACUUCAACGCCAUCUCUCAAGCUAACAUCCUCAACUUCAUGUCGACCUGCGGAGAGCGUGGACCAACUGUCGGACAAAUGUGGGAUUGCGCUUCCCUCCGUCACAACCACGAGCAAUGCUGUAUCGAUAAGGGAGUCACUGGAGACUGUUUGAAGUACUGUACCGCACACAAGGGAGCCCCAUCCGACUACCUCAACUACGCCUUCUGCACAGAGAACUUCAACGAGAUCCGCGACUGCUUCCACGAGCAUUUGGACAAGAACGAGCCAUUCAAGAAGCUCUAA